AUGUCAAAAUUGUCCCUUGUUUUGAGUGAUAUUCUCAAUAAAUAUCAAAAUAACACUUCUAAUGAUCUAGUGGAGACUUUUAAUGAAGCUUUAAAAUCAGUCGAAGAAAUGGUUGAUAAAGAAAAGGAAAUAGAAAAUUUAAAUUUUUUCGACCAUCUUAAAACACCCUGUCUUUCUAAUUUUGAGAAAAAUGAAGAACCAAAAGUUAAGGAAAUAUCUGAGAAGGAAGAUGUUACAUCGACAGAGACUUUUACAAAUGUUAUUCCUAUUAAUGGUUUGUUUCCAGUUACAGAAGAAGAAUGGAAUUUAAUUCCACAAACAAUUAAAGGUCGACUUACACUCGAAUUAGUAAAUAAAUUUAUAAAAACAAUUGAGGAAUUGGUUGUUAAAAAAAAUGACUUUGAAUCAAAAUACUUUAAACUUAAUAAAAAGGACAAAAACAAAGUUCUUUUUUGGAAAGAGUUUGAAACAAAAGUUUUAAUUGGUAAAAAAUGGAUAUUCCAAGACGAUGUAACAGAAGUUUUACCACAAAAGGAAAAAUUCCCUUUUAUAAAAUAUGGUAUGGAUUGUCUAAGACACUGCAAAAGAAUUCAACAAACUAAAAAUAAAGGAAAAAUUAUUAUCGUCAUUCAACAAUUUGACUAA